AAAACCCCAACACAGAUGUUUGUGAUACGAUAGCCUAUAUGAGCGGGUUCUACGUACUAUGAAUGUAGGUACUGUCCAAGAGGGAGGUAAACGAAAAGUCUUAACCACAAGUUUAGUUUCCUUCAAUAAUGAUUGGCCCAGGAGAGCUGAGCUCUCGGAGCAAUGAAAGCAGUAGUAGCUUUCUGUCCCGUACCACUGAUGCCUGCUCCAUGGUUGCCCAAGCACAAGAUGCAGGGAUAUCUCACUUCAAAACUCCAUCUGUUCCUCCACCAAGAAAGAAGAAAAAAGUUAUGGAUGAGGAAACUUAUGUUCAUGAGCUGGGCAAAAUCAUUGAAAGGGAUUUCUUCCCUGAUCUGGAGAACCUGAAAGACAAGGUAGCUUACCUGGAAGCCAAAGAGAACAAUGAUGUUGCAUGUCUUCAGUCUCUGUAUCAAAAGUACUCUACAGGAGGCAGGCUCCCCACGCCUGCAUCCCUCGAUGACAGUCCUGCCACUUUUGACACGCCUGAGCCACAGGCAAGACUUAACAAAAGGAAGAAAGUUACAGCGGGCAAUAUCAGCAGUGAUGGAGAUGAUCCUGGAGGUGCUGGUCCAAAUACAGGCCACAAAAGUGAGGAAAAGCAAGACAAGAAAAAAUUGUCUCUUGACGAGUUUUUGGCCCGCAACACAAGUGAAGAUGACGACAGCUUUGAACAAAUCAUUGAAGAUGCCAAACAGAAACUCAUACAAAAGAAAGCUUGGAUGUUUAAUGCAGAGGCUCUUCACAACGCUACCUAUGCUCCUGAUCUCUCCAUGAAAGCCUUGCCUUCUUCAGACCAUGAAGCUCAAGCUAUAGAAAAAGAAAAAGCUAAGAAACCUCUGGCUAUUGAGAACUGGACAUACAAAACAUUCAGUUCCAUCAUGUAUGUUCCUGAUGAGCACCAUACAAGUCGGGCACGAGAGCUUGAACUAGCAAGAGCUGCCCCCAAGGAAGUGCUGCACAAAAACACUCGCUUCAGCACAAACCCGUUCGUAAAACCCAUCAAUCAGGCGACUGUGUUAGAGGCCUCCGCCGUCCAGUCGCUCAAGAAGGAGGGCAGAAUUGGCAUUGAUGGCCGGGAAUUAUCAAGAGACACGCCUAAAAUUCGUGGCUACAGCUUCGUUGGCGACGCUUCCCCGGCCCCCGGAGUAGAGGAGUCUCCCCUCAUGACGUGGGGUGAAGUCGAGGGCACGCCCUUCAUGCUCGACAAGAGCGCCACGCCCUUGGUGCACUCAUCCUCUUCAGCUCCGUCUUAUUCUAUACCCAAAGUGCCAGCGAGAGAUGAGUUGGCUUUGGAGCUGAACGAGAAGGCGAGCCUGGCGCAGCGCGACAAGAAGAUGAAGGCGAUGAUGGCGGCGCGCUGCAGUUUGUUGAGCCCUGCAGUCACGGGCAGCCGGUCAGGGUCUGAACACUGGGCCGGUGAGCGUCUGAGCAACAUGUCCCCUGCAGCCCGGCGUCUGCUGUCCUCCAGCCUCGGUGUCCGCCAAAACACUGAUCAUACACUCAGAGCUUCAUACACUCCUUCUCCAUUGAAAUCUUCCGCGUCGUUACGUACGCCAUCCUUGCGUCGCAGUGACAGAAGUAAAGCCACUUACGCCUUCAAUACGCCCUCGCCUAGCGUCCCUAUAAUCAAAAAUGCUCGGUCAACGCCCAGUUUAUUGCCAUCCAAGACAAAGUCUGGCGUGACUCCUAAAGCUGACCGCGGCGGCGCUGACUCCUUAACUGACGGCCUCCUGCAGCUGCCUAAGACUGCCGGCAACCGCCCCACUGCAGCUGAUUUCUUUUAAUGUAUAUAAUAAUAUUUUACCACUAUCUAAUGUAGGUACUACCUAAUAGUAAUGAUGCGUAAAUGCAAUGUAAUGUUUCGUAUUAAUGUGAGCCAUGGCUAGAACGGAGAAUUUUGAAAUAAAAUUAACUUUUCUGCUGUAUAUUGUCUACAAGAAUUCAUUUGUUUGAUUCCAUCACCAGUGCGCUUUACUCUUCUACUGAUUCAUAUUAAUCAUCAGCUUCUACUGAUUUAUAUUAAUAAUUCUCCACGUUAUAUGCCUUCUAUAUUUGCUUGCGAUUGAAGCAAUUACUUAGCUGUUCCCAUUUCUAUCGUAAGUUGGAACAUAAUACUGUUAUUCUUAUCAAUUAUAAGUCAUUUCCUGACCGAGUGUCGUGUCACGGGCCAUCGUGUAAUAUUUAUGUAAAUGAAAUAUUUUCUCACA